CUUUCCUGUCGAGUAUCGGGUUGUUCUGACCUGAGGAUCUUACAUUAUCUAGUGAAGUAGUUCAUGGGAAGCAUCACAUAAAGCUAUCCCCGGAGCCCUCUGUGGCCUUGCAGCAGGGGGUUAUGAUCUUUUAUUAACAAUUAAAGAAUGGACUGAAACAAGGUGGCUGAACUUCUAAUGGAGUAAACGUUACAUCGCAUGAUAAUGACAAAAGAAAGCCCGAGUGAAGCAGAGAUGUGACAACACUUGUCAAGAGGCUUUAAAGCUCCAGGUUUGCCCGUGCAGAGGCAUCAAGACGGGCGAGGAAACCCCGAGGAUCAGGGCCUCCUGUCCGGAUGACACGAGCAAGAGCCAGCCACAAUGCUCUCCUUAGCUAGCAUUAGCUAAGCUAGCACAUGUCUUCCCUAAAGACGAAAUAAAUCUAAAUGGAUAACUUAAUUCGCACAACUUUAUCUGAGGCGUGUAGGAUCUGGAGUUGUUAAGGAGCUUGCAGUCAACGGAUGGACGGACAACAGUCUUUUUAGGACAGAGUGCAAACUGCAGGGUUCUCCAGGCAUGAUGGAAGGACUUCAUAGCCAGGCUAUAAGCCUGGACCCACGCAGGCAAGAGCUGCUUGAGGCCCGCUUCACUGGAGUUGGUGUGGCCAAGAGCUCAGCUAACAGCGAAUCGUCCAACCAAUCGCUGUGCAGUGCAGGAUCACUCAGUGACAAGGAACUUGAGACACCAGAGAAGAAGGCCAGUGACCAGAGAAGCAGGAAGAGAAAAGGAGAUAGUUAUGACAGCAACAGCCAGGGAAAAGGAAGAGGACAUAAAACAAGUGAUUAUUUUGAGUUUGCUGGUAGCAUUAGCUCUGGCACCAGUCCUGCCCAGAGCAUCCCCAUGCUGGUGCGCUCCUCUCUACAGCAUUCACUAUCUAGUCCUCUGUUUCAACACAGCAGUCCCUCGUCCACAGGCUCAGCCCACACGGACUCUUCGUCGUGCAGCUCUGUUAAGACAGCCCCCACACACACCUGCUCACACAAAGCCAUCCAGUCAGAACUGACACUGCUGAAACUGACAGCACUGGAGAAGAACAAGAUCUCUGACCUGGAGAAGAAAGAGGGGAGGAUAGACGACCUGCUGAGGGCUAACUGUGACUUGAGGAGGCAGGUAGAUGAGCAGCAGAAGAUGCUGGAACGUUAUAAGGAACGGCUUAACAAGUGUGUGACCAUGAGCAAGAAGCUGCUAAUUGAGAAGUCAAAGCAGGAAAAAUUGGCUUGCAGGGACAAGAGCAUGCAGGACCGUCUUCGUCUGGGCCAUUUCACCACUGUACGCCACGGCGCCUCCUUCACUGAGCAGUGGACAGAUGGAUAUGCCUUCCAGAACCUCAUCAAGCAGCAAGAGCGAGUCAGUUUGCAGCGGGAGGACAUAGAGAGGCAGAGGAAGCUGUUGGGGAAAAGAAAACCCCCCUCUAUGGCUCAGCUACCCCUUCUCAGCCUGGAACAGAACAAACGAAAGAGCAGGAGCAACAGCCAGGAGAAUGAAGUGUUGUCAUUGGCAGAAUACCAUGAGCAAGAGGAGAUUUUCAAACUCAGAAUUGGUCAUUUGAAAAAGGAAGAGGCAGAGAUCCAGACAGAGCUGGAGCGUUUGGAGCGAGUAAGAAACCUACACAUUCGGGAGCUGAAGAGAAUCCAUAAUGAGGACAACUCGCAAUUUAAAGACCACCCUACACUGAAUGACCGAUAUCUGCUAUUACAUUUACUUGGAAGAGGUGGCUUCAGUGAAGUUUUUAAGGCUUUUGAUUUGGCAGAGCAAAGGUACGUGGCCAUUAAAAUCCAUCAACUCAACAAGAACUGGAGGGAGGAGAAGAAGGAAAACUAUCACAAACACGCCUGUAGAGAGUAUAGAAUACACAAAGAACUUGACCACCCUAGAAUAGUCAAACUCUAUGACUACUUCUCGCUUGACACAGACUCGUUCUGCACAGUGCUCGAGUACUGUGAAGGCAACGAUCUGGACUUUUACUUGAAGCAGAAUAAGCUGAUGACUGAGAAGGAGGGUCGGUCUAUAGUUAUGCAGAUUGUCAACGCCCUCAAGUACCUCAACCAGAUUCAGCCACCCAUCAUCCACUAUGACCUCAAGCCUGGGAACAUAUUGUUAGUUAAUGGCACUGCUUGUGGAGAGAUUAAGAUCACUGACUUUGGCUUGUCUAAGGUCAUGGAUGAUAACAGCUACAACUCUGCAGAUGGAAUGGAGCUGACAUCACAAGGAGCGGGGACCUACUGGUACCUCCCUCCUGAGUGCUUUAUGGUGGGUAAGGAGCCCCCCAAAAUAUCCAACAAAGUGGAUGUUUGGGCCGUGGGGGUUAUCUUUUACCAGACCUUGUAUGGACGCAAGCCUUUUGGUCAUAAUCAGUCACAGCAGGAUAUCCUACAAGAAAACACCAUACUGAAAGCCACUGAGGUGCAGUUUCCUCCCAAACCUGUGGUCACCACAGAAGCAAAGGCCUUUAUUCGACGUUGCCUGGCUUAUCACAAGGAGGACCGUGUCGAUGUGUUGCAGUUGGCCAGUGACCCUUUCCUAAUGCCCCAUAUCCGAAAAGCCCUGGGCAGCAGCACACCUCUGGUACUUCCUAUUCCCUCCACCUCCAGCAGUGCCUCUGACUGAAGCAAGCUGAAAGAAAAUAGACUAUAACUCUAGUGAAGACAAAGCCAUGUGGAGACAUUACACAUGUGAUGAAACUCCUCCUUUUUGCUCAUUGUUGAAAGAGAGCUGAGGGCAUGAUGGGAUGGAUGACAUGGUGACGUAGUCAUAAAUAUGCCCACCACUAUCGUCAAAGAGCUAAUAAUGAAGGGCCAGCCUCUGGCUCUGGGCUCAGUAGAACCCAAAGAUUAGCCUAUAUGCAUGCACUAACACAAAAAGUCACUUCAGGGGGCUUUUUUUUAACAUGAUAAAUAGAUAAAGCACCUGAAAAUUGCACAACUGACAGGUCGAGCACGUGGAGGCUCGCCUGCCUGUACUCUGGAAGAUUUAGAAGCAGCAGAAUUAAUUACAUUUCAUCCCAUACUGCUUGAAAUCCAUCACCUAUCACCCUGUUUCUCAGCACUACUGUGGUCAGUUUCAGUUAUGUAUCCCGCCUGGUUUGAACCUAGGACUUUUUAGGAAGGGCUCCGAUGAUGAUGAUGACGAUGAUGACCAAAGUUUGAGGCUUGCCUUGUUAACAUGACAUUAGUAGAGCUUUGUGCUGACUUGGCUCAGAAGAUUGGUAACUGGUCUUGACUUAUUUUAAAUAUUUAAUUGAAUAACUGGAAGUCAGUUUAUUAUUUUAAUUAAGUCCAUAUUUUUCCAUGGAAUUUCCCCGUCUGUGUUUAACCUUAAAGGGGGGGGGCUGACAAUGAAUGAGUGUUGUGAUGAGAAGUAAGAUUCAACAGAAAUAAUUAUGAACAUUAAAAAACAUUUGGCUAA